CGCACGUUGACAGUAGUAGGUACCGCCGCGUUAUUAUUAUUAUUAUUAUUAUUAUCCCUAGUCCGUGUGUGUUUGUGCAUGCUUGUGUGAGUGUACGUGUACGUGUGUUGUGUUCCUUGUACUCCUCAGAUCACCGUUUAAAAAAACCACAACAAUUUCGUGCUCUCCACGACGGUCACAAGAAAAACGUUUUUUUUUUUUUUGUCAAAAUCGCCCGUUUCCCGAAAUCAGAAAAGCGCCCGUCUACCCGCGUGAACCCGUCGCCGAGCUUUUUGUGAUCCAUCGACUCGGUCGCACGCGCACUCUCAUUCUCCCGUCGUCUUCAACUUAGACGCAUAUUUCGUACCCACCGUGUCCUUUUAGCAGCCGUCGUCUCGUCCGCGAUUCGCCGGUUCGCGUGUGUCGACGUAAUAUAUAAAUAAUCAUCACGACGGACGCCACCGACACCGGUAUGGAGAAGAGAAUUGAACUGGAGAAACGGGGCCGAAGCGCCGAAGAGAUAGACCAAUUAAUUUUGGAUGAUUGUCGUAGCACUGCAAUAGUUGGUCUUACUGAUGAAUAUGUUGGUUUGCGCAAUCUUAGUAUAAUCAAUGUUGGUUUAACAAGCUUAAAAGGUUUUCCAACAUUGCCUUCACUCGUCUUUUUGGAUGUCAGUGAAAAUCGAAUUUCUAAUAGUCUUCAGAACCUCAGCGGUUGUUUGAAUCUCAGAUCAUUGAAUCUCAGCCAAAAUAAAUUGAAAGAUAUUGAAUCGAUUGAUCCAUUGAAAUCUCUAAAACAUCUUAAAUAUUUGGAUUUAUCUAAUAAUGAAGUAACCAAAGAAGAAGGAUACAAAGAAUAUGUCAUAGAGUAUUUUGCCAAAACAAUUAAAUGUUUAGAUGGAGAUAACUAUUUCAAUGGCAAACAUGAAUCUGCCAGUGACAGUGAUGAAGAUGGAGAAGAUGGUUCAGAAUCUGAAGCUGAAGAAGAAGGUGAUGAUGAUGAAGAUGAUGAUGAUGAUGAUGACGAUGACGACGAUGAUGAUGACGAUGAUGAUGAUGCUGAAAAAGGAAAUUCUUAUAGUGACGAACAAUCAUCUGAUCAAGAAUAUGAGAAUGGAGAAGUAGGCUUAGAAGACUUGUUAAAAGACAAUAUUGAUGAAGAAAGUGAAGGAAAUGAUUAUGUAUUAGAUGAGGAAGAUGGUGUAGAUCAAGAAUCUACUGAUGAAAGUGAUGAUGAUGAAGCUGAUGAUGCUACUGCAAAUGAUUCACAAGAUACUAGAGGGAAAAAAAGAAAACUUGAUGAAUAAUGUUAAAAGUUUUUUAUUACUGUUACGUGAAGUGGAACAAAUUGUAUGUAAAUGUCCCACACUUAUUUUUAAGUAUCAACUUAAAACCUUUUUAUUAUUUUAUUUGUAAAUUGAUUGUUUUAAUAGACAUAUUAUCAUGUUGUGUACCACACAAAUCAUUUAACUUUUUUUGAACUUAAUAAUAUUAUACCAUAUUAUUAUUUUUUUUUUUGACAUUGCUAUGACUAUGGAUUUACCAAGUUUUUUCUUAUUACUUAGAUUGACUUUUUUUUUUUUACUUCAAAAUUGUUUAGAGAAUAUUUUUUUACUCAUAUUUUUGAGCAUUUGUGGAAUAUGUUAAUACAACUUGAUGUCCCUGUUGUAAUUUAAUUGUAUUUGAAGACCAAAUA